UGCAUUGUCACGUGACAUUAUUCAAGAUGGCAGCGACCAGGCGUCUGACUAAGGAGCUUCAAGAUAUCCAGAGGCAAGGUUUAAAGAACUUCAAAAACAUUGUUGUGGAUGAAUCUAACAUACUUCAAUGGCAGGGUUUAAUUGUACCGGAUUGUGACUAUUACAAUAAGGGAGCAUUUAAAAUCCAGAUAGAUUUUCCUGCAGAAUAUCCGUUCAAACCGCCGAAAGUAACGUUCAAAACAAAAAUCUACCACCCAAACAUUGACGAGAAAGGCCAGGUCUGUCUGCCAAUCAUAAGCGCUGAAAACUGGAAGCCAGCCACGAAAACUGAUCAGGUUAUACAAUCGCUUGUUGCCUUAGUCCAUGAGCCGGAGCCCGAGCAUCCUCUGAGGGCAGAUCUUGCUGAAGAAUAUUCCAAGGACAAGAAGAAGUUCACCAAAAAUGCACAGGAGUUUACUAGAAAAACCAGUGAAAAGCGCCCAUCGGAUUAACCGCUGACUGUGAUCAUGACAUAAGACACGAGUUCUGAAAAGCCAACUACUGAAUCCUGUUUGGGCCAUUGUGAUCCGCCCUCUCCUUUUGAAAAUGUUCAAGAAAAUAGAAGUGAUCAUUGUUUGCAAAAAUCUUUUUUUAUUUUGUAUCAUACUUUAUACAGUAAAACAUCCAGGUAGUCAGAGAAGAGGGAUGCAAUGAUGCAACAGUAAAUAUCACCUUUUUCUCCAGAUAUACUUAUUAAGAAAGAUGCAUCAAAGUAAAUGUUAAAUUUCACAUUUUUUUUCCAUCUUAAGACCAAUUUCAAAUGAAAACACAGUGGUGUUCCUAUACAAAAACCUACAAAUUUGAAAGAAAAAAGAUGCGAAAAUGAAACAAACUUUGUGGGGUAUUUUCUUGGACAUUUUCAAAAGUUGAGGGGCGAGAACAUCAUAGUCCUAAUAAGAUUCCAACAGUUACAAAAGUUGAUGAAAAACAUAAUUCUGAGAGAAAUUAGUGAUAUGUAUAGUUGACACUGUUGUGUUGUUCUUAUAUCGGCGAUUUUCAACCAUUAAUGCAAGGGAAAUAUCUGACGUUACCUUUUGUGAUUCAUUGAACUAUACAACAUAGCAGGAUGCUGAAAUACUCUUGAUUUUUACGAAUAAUAUGUCUUUAAAAAUACAUGUUUUUGGGUGUUACUUUAGCAGUAUGUAAAUGAACGGGCCUAAUUUUUCUUUUUAUAGUAUUAUAUUUUGUUGGGGGGAGGGGGGGAAUCUGUUCAAAACUGUAGUAAUUCUGUUCAAAACUAGUCUUUCAGUUAAUAUCUAUAACAAAUUUGAUUGAACUUGAAUAAACAUGAGUGAAGGAGACAAUUUAGUUGCAAUAAUAUGGAAAGAAUAGUCAUAUCAGACCUUUAACAUGCUUUGUUUGGUGCAUAAUUAUUUCAUUGGCGUAGAUUAGAUUAUCAUUGAACGUUCAAGAGUGUAUGAGUUUAAAAAAAUACUAAUGUAGGUUAGUAUUAAAGCUGCACUCUCACAGAUUGAACGUUUUGACAAUUUUUUCAUUUUUUGUCUUGAAACAAGCCAUUUUUGCGAAAAUCUAUGGAAACCAGUUAUAUAAGACUGCUGACAAAAAAUCAGAUCGCAGAUUUUUAUAUUUAAGUUCAAAAAUCGAUGUUUUAUUCAUUUUUAUUAAACCGUUAGUAACGGUAUAAGCCAUAAAACAUUAAUUUUCGAACGGAAAUAUGAAAAUCUACAAUCUGAUUUUUUUGUCAGCAAUCUUAUAUCAUUGGUUUGCAGAUAUCUAUGCAAAAGUUUUCUCUUUCCAAGACAAAUAUAAAUAAGUUGUAAAAGCGGUAAAUCUGUGAGAGUGCAGCUUUAAUAAGAUUUUAACAAAUAAGUUUGUUUUUAUAAUCUAUUUAGUUUAUCAGAUGUACUGGGUAUCUAAGGCUAAGAAGACUUGCAAUUGUUUUUAAAGGUCAAAUUAAAAUCGUAUCAUAAUGAAAGGUUAUGGUUCUCCAGUUUCUUUGCGAGUCUUUUGAGAAAAAAAUUAAGAUACCAUUCAGACAGUACUUAUCUUUCGGAGAUCAAGUUGUCAUGUGUAACUCCUUGAGUUUGUUCAAAUUGCAAAAUCAAUGUUGAAUCACCUUAAAUAAUAGUCUACAGGUAACUUUUUGUUUAUAAUUUUAAGAGAUCUGUUCUUUUUAGAGUGAUCCCAGAAAGCCUUUUACCAAUGCAGGGCUUGCGGGCUUCUGGGGGCUUUGACCACGGCACAAGGACAACAGUCACUUCUGUAAAUGUUCAAAUUUGAAUCACUUGUGUUUAUGAAGUUUCAUCUUGUUCACCUGUCAUAUCACUGUGGGUCUGAAUGGGCACUGUGUUUGAUUGAGCAUUGUAGGAUGACUUAGAACCCAAUUAUCUUGAAAUACCUGUUUUGUUAGUGCAUCUGUUCUUUAAAGAAAAAAAUAAAUAUUGUCAUAGCCUUGGUAUUGGUGAUGGUGGCAUUCAAAACUUGAACCUUGGCCACAACUCAUAAAUUGAUAUUAGAUACCGGUUAUUUAAUCAAACUUGGUACACAUGUUGCCAGAGACAUGUACUGCGCUAACUAUGGCUUUAACACUGGUUGAGUUAUGCCCCCUUUUUUGACUGAAAACCCCGACACAGAACAGCGUUGGUGUUUGGUUGGCAACGCUCGUUUUUAAUAUGUGACAAUCCAUACUUAUAUCCAUACUGCUUGAUUUAGUUAACAAAUGUUAGUUAUCUGUUCUACAAAAUGUGUAGGCUUAUUUUUUGAAAUAAAUAUUUUUAUGCAUGACAAUUUACAAGCAAGUUUCUAAUUCAAGUCAAAUGGUUUGAAUCUAAUAACUAGCAUUGAGAAAUGUCUGGACAGUUACCUGGUUUCCUCAUAAAAAGGAAGAUUUUUUUCCAGACAAGAAAUAGAAAAUAAGACAUGUAUGAAGGAGUAAGACACCAGUCUACUUCUAAUAUGACAUGCAUAUUUAUAUCCCUACUAAGUAGGCCCUUGCAUAUUUUUUCCGAGUUGUUUUCAUACUUACUAACAUCAUGACAAAACACAUUCAGAAACCUAUCUCAAACCUUUAGGCAAUACAUGUAUAAAAAAUCGUUUCAAAUUUAACCUCCAGAAUGGACCAUAGGAAAAUCAAAUACACACAUUACCUGAAAGUUGUAUAUUUACGAAUGUUUAGACGCUGUGUGUUGGUGAUGAUUGAAAUGUAAGUUUGCACAAUUUAUGUACUAUUUGUCAUAAUAAACAUUUUGUUAGA